AUGACCAUCGGCGGUUUUUGCACUCUCUCGCUCGUUCAGGACCACUGUUGUCCGGCCACUCCGGGCGAGUGCGCAACUGAAAUUGGUAUUUAUUCAUUUGAGAAUAAAUAGAUCAAAAUGGAAGUUUAUAUCGAUUUGUUGAUAGUUUGCUCCUUUUACUGCGCGCGCAUUAAACGCCUUUCCCAAAUGUAUUUUGGUCAGAAAUUUAGCGCAUCUGUCUCAUUCCUAACUGUUAUCCGUUUUUUCCGCUCCUUUUCUCCGGUUUAUUCUCAUUUAUUCAGUUUUUCAGCUAAAAUGCCGUGCCAAUCGCAAGUUUCCGGGCGUUGCAUCGCCUCGACGCUCGCCGUGCUUGCUGGAGGAGCCCUUAUCGGAUACGUUGUGAGCAUUCUAUACAUUUUUUUUUUCCUUUUUGCUCUAUUUCACAAUCAAAAUCCGUUUUUGCAGGUCGGAUACAAGCUCGCGCAACGCAAAGCCCGCUGCAAUUCCAAAAUCAAGCUCGACCAGAAGAAGGUGGCCGACUCUGUCGAUAUCGAGGACAUCGGAGAGAAGAAGGCCUUCUGCAGAUGCUGGAAAAGCGAGAAGUGGCCGUACUGCGACGGUACGCACGGAGCCCACAACAAAGAGACCGGAGACAACGUCGGCCCACUUAUCAUCAAGUCGGAGAAGAAAUAA